CUCUCACUGUGUGCUUUCCGCAUGUAUAUAAUCCCUGAGUUGACCCAGAAAACAAACUCCUCUGAAGACGGAGAAGCAGCGCAGUUUGAAUCCGCCGCAGGGCUGCAUGUAGCCGGAGCACCAGCUGAAGGUACUGAGCCGGCACUUUGCGAACUUCUCCGAACGGAUUUCACUUAAAACAAUCGGGGAAGACCUGACAACCAUGGCUGAACACAUGAUGAUGCCUGUGAACCACAACUUCCGGAUGGGGAUGAAUGGACCUCCACAGCACCAUGGCCAGCCUAGCCUGCGCGGGCUGCCAAAUGGCCAGGUGUUGCACUAUAGCAGGAACCCUCAGAAUAACAUGGAGGGUGUCAUGAGACAGAGACCAAACAUUAUGGGACCGGGCGGCAUGGGAAGCCCUGUGAAUGGAGCUUCAAUGACCAACCAUCACAACCAGAUGAUGCAUGGGAACCUGAUGUAUAAUGCCCAGGGCCCUCAGCAGCAGCACCAUCACCACAUGCACCCCCAGCAGCAGCAGCAGCAACAACAGCAGCAGCAGGGUGGACACCCACAGCAGUACAUCCCGGGCAACCUCACAUCCCAGCAGCUUAUGGCGAGCAUGCAUCUACAGAAACUCAACACUCAGUAUCACGGACAUCCGCUGGGAUCAAGCAGUGGUCCCCACCUGCACAAUGGCGCUCAGUACCGCAUGGGCCCAGCCCAGCUUUCAGGCAUGCAGCACAUUGGCGGGCCUUUCGGGCUAAACGGAAUGGACAUGGAUCUAAUUGAUGAGGAAGUUCUAACUUCACUGGUGUUGGAGUUGGGUUUGGAUCGUGUUCAGGAGCUGCCUGAGCUCUUCCUGGGACAGAAUGAGUUUGACUUCAUAUCAGACUUUGUGUGCAAACAGCAGUCGAGCACAGUGAGCUGUUAAGGAGCUGUUUGAACUGGACGCCCCCAAAGAAUGCCUGAGUGGCCACAGUAGCACAGCAAAGGCAGACGAUCUCUUUGUUCUGCUUGGGUGUUUCUUUGUUUAUGUAUGUGACACUGGAUGAGAACGCCUUUAAACUGACCUGCCUGCUAACAGAUGGAGAGGUGUAAUGAGUAAAACGCAGGAAAAAGUGUCAGGUUUCUCUUUUCUUUGAGCUGGUGCCAGGAAGAUCUCUCGCUUUUGGCUAAAUUGAGGCAUCCAGAUGUAGCCUGUAACCAUCUGGCCCUCAGCACAUGUGCCUGCAGUACCAAAGCUUUUGAAUAGAUUUUACAAACACAGUAGGGGAGGAUGGCCUGAAGAGUCUAAGGCUACGUCCACACUGCAGGGAAAUGCGACCCAAUUCCGAUCUUUUUACCCGUACGCGACGCAUAUGCGUCUUUUUCAUGGCAGUGUGAACCGCCCGAUUCCAAUCUCUUCACCCCCAAAGAAAUCAGAUUUGUGCCACUUCCAUAUGUCGUACUAAUUCAGAUACAUAUUGGAUGUAUUUCAAAGUGUCCACAGUCCAAACGGUCAUGUCGAAUCAUCCAUCUUUCAGUCACUCUCCUGUCUCUCACUACACAUCCACACAGCAGUAGCAGUUAGCGCUCCAUAGAAUACCAUAAAUAGCUGUGCUGCUGUCUUCUUACCUUACUUCAUCUUGCUAUGAUGUCGUCCUAAUAUUGUCGGUUCCCAUUGCUCAGCAGCUUUCUAAUAAUAAUGAGAGAUGAUGGCCGGUGUCUGUUUUUUUUUUCUUACGUUUUUUUUAAACAAAACUUUAUUGAACAAUUCUAGAAACAAUUACAUUCACAAUUACUUGUGUAAACAGUGCACUGCUGUGUAACAUCUCCUUCUGUUAUCUGUGCAUGCAUGUCGAUUUGCAGUCUUGUUUCAGACGGAAGUCUGAUGGCGGUCGCAUUUAAUAGUAAUAUGAGCGGCCACCUGGGGGGAAAAAAAAACUGAUUUCAGCAAAAACUAGAAAUUGAGCAUCAAGACCUGCAGUGUGAACGUAGCCUAUGAUUCUGCGACGAUUCUGUGGCAUUUGUAAAUGUGUUUUGGCUCUAAUAUACACGUUCAUCUGGUAGCAAACAUCUUACAGUUGAAUAUAACUUAAAAAUCCUCUGAACUCCUUUAUGCAGAAAUGAGGGGAUAUGGAGUUAAGAAAAAAAAAUAUAUUUGGAUUUUGAAGGGUGGCCCUUUGAGAUUAAAAAAAAAAAAUCUAAGCAUGUAAAUGGCAAGUAAGUAGGGUUAGGUAGGGUGCAGAAUUGCAAAAUUUCUAAGCGACAUCAUCGGGUUAUGCUGAAAUGUUUGGGUAUUCAUCUGGAAUUUCUUUUGAUUAAAUCAGAGAUGGAAUGACUUUGAGCUUGAUCAGACCCCACCUGUCAGCUGGUUUAAAAAAAAAAACCUCUCAAAACCCCCAUCUUUUUCUGAUCAGCUAAUGCAGCAUAUUCUGCUGCCAGGUUUCACCGAUAACACUGUUCGAUGUGGAAGUCGUUACUGAUAUUAAGAAGAAUCCAAGUUAGCUUUGUUAAGCAUUAGUCAAGUCAGUGGAAAUUCAGAGAUGUAAGAAGCUAUUUAAAACGUAACUGUCCUGCAACAUGUCAAAUGUCUGUGGUUCAUUCAGGCUGCAAGAGAGUGAGUGAAAUAGAGAGAGAGAGAUAGUAAAACCCUCAAGGGAUAACAGGAAGGCUGAAUGGAGUGAAGAAAAGUUGAUAUCUGACGAGCUUUCAGCAUCCGUCAUGGAUCAUGCUGGAUUUGGAAAUGUUGGCAAUCUCUGAAACUGGUUAUGGUAAUGCUAGCCGCACAGAUUUAAUCAUCCUCUUUAAAAGCUGAAGCUAAUUUCAAGUGUCAGCUUGUAAUCAUUUAGUAAAUUAAAAUGGUAGAAAACUGUUUUACAGUGACUGAUCUAUCUUAAACUCACAGUGUGACAUCGUCUCUGCUUCUGAAACAAAUUACUAUUGUUUGCUAACACCGGAAAGACCAGAAGAAAGCAUUUAUAAUGCCGUUUGUACACCUUUUUUAUAUCAAUGAUAUUAAAGUGAAAUCGGAAUUGGCUAAAAUCAAUAUCAGGAGAUCAAAGCUUUACAAAAAUCUGGGAUGGGAAAUUGGCUGCAAAAUUAUGAUUGGUGUAUCUAGAUUAAAUGUGUCAAAUGUGAUCUCUGCUCUUUAGCCAAGAAAAAAUAUCUUUUGGCACAUGGACUUUAAUUAUUGUCCUGACAUGUCACUGCCACAAGUUAAAUGCAUUAAACCUAAUACAUGCAUAAGUGUAAUGUAUAGAAACAAACAAAAACACAGAUUAGAUCACUUUUGUAUUGUAUUUUUAAGCAAAUUGUUAAACACAAAAGAGUGAGUGCUUGCAAGCUGUGCAUCUGUAUGUUUUUAGGUUGUUUCUAUUGUCUAUGUGUGUAUGUCUGUGCAUUAGUGCAUUUAAAUCCCGUCGAACGAUGUCCACCUCCGCAAAUCCAUCGCCCCAGUUUGCUGAAGCUGCCAGGAGGCUGUGCCGUCAGAGACCUGAGCGUGUGGACACAGCACUCACUUGCAGCACUUAGUUUAAUCAUUGUUAAAAGCUGCCUCUACCUGUAGAACUGAUCUACUGGAGCUUCUAAGCGAGGAGCACAGAUGUCAUGUUUGCUGUAGACUAGCUUAUGUGGCUGCUUUUCCUGCUGAUUAGAUUUAAAUUACAUGUUUCUCACGCUUGUCUUAAUUGAGGUCGUUGUGCACGUUCUCUGAUGACUCAAUAAUUGGAAAACAGACACGUUCUCUGGUGCUUCUUUUUUUCUUUCUGUGUGAAAAGUCCUGCUCACGCAGUGCUAUUUCUGGAUCUGUGUAAGAGGUCGGCACCACUCCGGUGCACUGCAUUAAUCUGCUCCUGCACAGCCGUGCUGGUGUCCCCAGUCUGUGGAGAUCUGCUGUCUCCUAGCCUGCCAGUCAAACAGUGGGCAUUAAAAAGCUGAUCUACAGACAAGUACAAAGUACCCACUCUGCAGCAGGAGAACCUCACACUCAACUGAUAAUGAUUCUGGCCUAAGCCAAACAGUGGCCUGAUUACUGCAGCCUUCCUGUAUUGUGUCUUUGUACUGUAGACUAGAGGUGAAGUUGAUCUUAACACAUUUAAGGUACUUUGUGGGGAAAACUGAUAUAAAUCGAAAUUGGUGGCUGAUUUUUGACGUGAUGACAAGAGAUUAUAACCUACAUUUUCUUACAGCGUGUAGAUACAGUAGACCAAUGUCAUUGGGGGCAGGGUCUAAAGCUUUCACACCUAGUAGGCUGCAUGUUUAACUGAAGCGUGAGGGAUGCAAUCACCUUCCAACCAAGCUACUGAGAAUGUACAGACCACUGCUUUGUGGAAACUUGUCUUAAAAUGGUAGAUUAAAGUGAGAUUGUACUCCCAGUUUAAUGUGGGUACCCCUUGCAACUUCCCUCCCGUGUCUCCUCCUUUCCCACUGCCCUGACCUUUUGUAAUGUUAUUGAUUAUAUUUUAAGAAAAUGUAUUUAUUUUCAAAUAAAAUAUUUAUUUUAAA